UUUUACAUUUUACAUGCCAUAGUACCCUUUCACAGUGGCAUCAACUACAAAAUAUCUCUUUCCCACUCUUUCCAAUCUCCUCUCUCACAUCAUCCACAUAUUUUCCUCUAGGGUUUCGACACGAUGCAACCGGCGGCAAGUUCAAUGGUUCCACCACCUAUGGCGGCACAACCACAGUACCAACAACAGUGGAUGGCUCAACAACCGCAGUACCAGGUUCCGCCACCGCAAUCCGGUUAUUACUACCAGCAACCACCACCGCAGCAUGGUGGUGGAGUACCCGCACCACAGCAGCAGCAACAACAAUCUCAGUACACGGCGUCGGCUCAGCCGACCAGUGCUGAUGAAGUCCGGACACUUUGGAUUGGAGAUCUACAGUUUUGGAUGGAUGAACAAUACCUAUAUAAUUGCUUCGCGCAAACUGGAGAGGUGGUGUCUGCUAAAGUUAUCCGCAACAAGCAAACUCAACAAUCAGAGGGUUAUGGCUUUAUUGAGUUUAAUAGUCAUGCAGCUGCGGAAAGGAAUCUGCAAGCAUACAAUGGCACCUUGAUGCCUAAUAUUGAGCAAAAUUUUAGGCUCAACUGGGCAUCACUUGGCUCGGGUGAAAAACAUUCAGAUAAUACUCCUGAAUACACAAUAUUUGUUGGAGACUUGGCAGCUGAUGUCACAGAUUACAUGCUUCAGGAGACAUUCAGGGCCAAUUAUCCCUCAAUCAAGGGUGCUAAGGUUGUAACAGAUAGGGCGACAGGGCACACAAAGGGUUAUGGGUUUGUUAGAUUUGGGGAUGAAAGUGAGCAGUUGCGCGCUAUGACUGAGAUGAAUGGACAGUUUUGCUCCACUAGGCCCAUGCGCAUUGGUCCUGCAGCUAACAAGAAGAAUGCUGGUGGUCAGAUGCAAGCUUCAUUUCAAAGUACUGGAACUCAAAAUGAGGAUGACCCUACUAAUACAACUAUUUUCGUUGGAAACUUGGAUUCCAGUGUAACGGAUGAUCACCUCAGGCAGGUUUUUGGAAACUACGGGCAAUUGCUUCAUGUAAAAAUACCAGUAGGCAAACGUUGUGGUUUUGUUCAAUUUACUGAUAGAAGUUGUGCUGAGGAAGCUCUACGAGCUUUAAGUGGGACUCAGCUGGGUGGACAAAACAUCCGCCUUUCAUGGGGUCGUAGUCCUUCAAACAAGCAGCAGUCUCAGGGUGAUCCGAACCAGUGGAGUGGUGGUUAUUAUGGGUAUACACCAGGAUAUGACGCCCUAUGGUUAUGCCAACCUACUCAGGACCCAAAUAUGUACUAUGCAGGCUAUGCCGGGUAUGGAAAUUAUGCACAACCUCCACAUCAACAGCAACAAAUGUCGCAGCAGCCUCAGUGAUCUGCUGAUCAAAGGAAUUGUUGAGAGCUUCCUAACAUGGCAAAAACAUUGAUGUUGAAAAGCAGAGCGCAUAGAUUUUCAGUUGAAUGCAAGAGCUAGUGUAGUUAUCUGUAGGUUAGUUCUUGGAGAUACAUUUAUGUUCUGGUCAGCUGUCCGUUUCUGUAGUUGCCUUCUUUUCUAUUUCCUUUUUCCUCGGCCUAUCGCACACUUGGCCAUUUUUGUUAUAUGUGGUCUAGUUAUGUUAAAAGACCUCGGAGAGAUCAAGGACACAUCUUUUUUACUUUCCAUA